AGGCAACUUCCGUGUCUGCUACAGGGUAGCACUCAGUUAGCUUAGCACCUAAGAAUCAUGUACGUGUUUUAAGUUCAGGCGGUGCUAACAAUAGCGUCAACAUUAUGCCGAAUUAUAUGUGACUGAGUUUAAUUUUAUACUAUGUGAAAGUGUACUUUGAUAAAUACGAGCAAGUAUGGCGAUAUAUUAUGAUGAUCCGGAAAUUAUAGAACUCCAAAUGAUGCAAAGAGUUGUGAGUCUCUUCGACAGACGUCCUCAUAUGCAAAGGAUAAUAAGAUUUGGACUUGCAGGUAUGAAUUACAGCGACGAGCUGGAUGAUUCAGGCCCUGAACAUUCUCGAUUGCGGUUUCUUGAGGCUGAGUCAGAUGACAGCGAUGAUGAAGCAAAAGAAAAGUUACACAAGUCCAAAAAACGUACUGGGAAGGCUGAGAAGAAACGUCUUAAAAAGCAGAAACAGAAGGAAAGGAAGCGUCUUGAGAAGCUGAAGAAGGAAGAGCUGAAUCCCUCAAAUGUAGAGGAAAAGGGUGAUACUCAGCCAUCGGAAUCAGGCAGUAGUAAACCAGUUGACAGGAAUACUGAAGGAAGUGCGAGUGUUAAAGAGUUGGUUUCAAGCAGAGAUACAGACGGCAGUGACUUCAGUCAAGAAGAAUCCAUUGACGGUGAAUGUAAGGAUGAAUCUGAUCAGUCAGAGGAGCUGGAUUUGACAAGUACCUUUGUGAAUAAAGCUGCUCUUAUAGCCAAGCGUAAAUUGGAACAGAAGCUGAAGGUCGAGAAGGAGAAAAAGGUUCCCAUUAAAGAGACAAAUCGACCAGUCGGGAACCAAACCAGUGAAGACAAAGGCGAUGAAAAGAAGGUUUCUGCCACCAUUACUGGCCGCACCUUAGAAGAUAAUGUAAAAAUAAGUACAGAUCUUGCGGUUAUUGGAAAUAAGUUUGCAAGCACUGGAGAGUUUCGUAUGGCUGUGAAGUAUUUUACUGAUGCCAUCAAGUAUAAUCCUACAGAAUAUAAACUAUUUGGAAAUCGCUCCUUCUGUUUUGAAAAGAUGCAAGAAUACGAGAAGGCGCUGACCGAUGCAGAGUUGUGUCUCAGUAUGUUUCCGGGUUGGGUUAAAGGUCUUUAUAGGAAGGGCAGAGCUUUGGCAGGCCUAAAGAGGUAUGAGGAGGCCGCCGAAACCUUCACAGAAGUUCUAAAGCUCGACAGUUCCUGUGCCGAAGCUGCCCAGGAACUUAUGUGGGUUCAGGUCAUACAGCUGAUGGAGUACGGCUUCUCUCGGGAACAGAGUUCAAAUGCUUUAAUUAUUCACGGGACAGUAAAGAAGGCACUGGAGGUGCUGUCCACAUUAAACAAUCAUCCAGGUGUUGUUCAGAAUAGUAGUCUGCCACCGGUGCAAGUCGCAAAUAUCAACGGAGUGUCUCCGGUUCUUUCAGCCAACGCUAACUCUCCUGUUCAUUCCCACAAUGCACCAGACAAACCUCUAAGCAGCAAACCUUUAGCCUCUAUGCACAAUACAUCAACUGUCCAGAACCAGUCUGAGGCUGUUCCUGAUCAUGUUACAAAAGCCAAAGGAGGAGAGAUUCGACAUCCACUAGAGCUAUUUCCAGUGUGGGUGGGUAAUAUAGUUUCCACAGUAACUGAGCCUAUGCUAAUGGACCUCUUCAGCAAAGCCGGGAUUGUCCAUAGUGUCAAGCUUCUGCUCUCCAAACGCUGUGCCUUUGUAAACUUCACCAAGCAAGAGUAUUGUGAUGAAGCCAUCAAACAAUUCCAUGGCUUUGAGUUAAAGGGCAUCAAGGUCGUUGUGCGAUAUCCGGAUAGAAUUCCUCAGGGAAUGGGAAUUUCAAAGUCAGCCCUCAAAGCUGAGGACCUGCAGGAUGAAAACAUGCGACAAAUGGAGUAUUUUCACAGGAGUAAUGGUGGAUACUGGAGGCCGCGACCCAUUCGGUCUUACAGACACGUCUCUGACCACAGAAAAUGAGAGCAAACAAGACGCCUCAAAGCUGCCCCUGGACCUGCGUUUUGGUUGUCUCAGUAUUUUUCUUAGAACAUGAGGGAGCUUUGAAUUUUUCAACUGAAACUUUGAUUAGUUUUGUUGAAUCUGUUAUUAACAGAAGUUUCUUGAUGUAAAUCUGAAAGCCUGAGAUAAAGUUUGAGUGCUAAAACGACGAAAAAAUUAACAAAUGUAUUGAAUGCCUCUUAUUUGUUCAUAUGAGGUGUUGCACAGAAUUUAGUAUUCUGAGUGUAACUCCCCCCCCGUUUGUGUUCUGUAGUUGGUUACUACAGGAGCAUAAUUUUAAGUUUUAAGUUCUGAAACCCUUAUUUGUGCUUUAAAAAAAAGUAGUGUUUUACCCCAAACUCCCAGACGUGUUAAUGGCGCCAGGCAGCAUUUGUCAUCACUCAUUAUUAUUAUUAUUAUUAUUACUAUUAUAAUACUGUAAUUUUUAGAAAGUGAAGAAGCUUGUGUUUAUAGCUGUAUUCAGAGAAGAUAUUUUUCUUAUUUACAAUCAAGAGUUCUUAUGGUUAGUUUCACAGAUGGACGCCAUAUCGCAUGUUAAACAUACUAUGUAAAGCUCAUGAUGAUGUUAUCAAUGGGUGCCCGCAGAGCUUAAUUGAAGAAUUAAACACUUUCAUAUUGGAA